AUGGGAGACGCAGGGGAGACAAGAAGCCCUUUGCGGAUCGCAAUCAUCGGAGGAGGUAUAGGUGGACUGAGUUUUCUACUAGGGCUCUUGAGACACUGCGACCGACGCGUUAUCAAACCACACCUGUACGAAGCUGCUCCUGCAUUUUCCGAAAUCGGCGCCGGCGUUGGAUUUCUCCCCAAUGCAGUUCGAGCCAUGUGUGCCAUCGACCCGAGAAUCUACGAAUCCUACAGCCGAAUUGCAGACGAAGCCGAAGCGGUAACAGUCGACGGCCGAGAGAUGUCAGUCUUUCUUAAAUUCUACAUGGGCAUGGACGGCAGAGGAGGGACGAACACGGCAAGAGCUUUGGAAAAGAUAUGUCCAGUCCACAAUGACAACAAGUUCCGCAAUGUCCACCGAGCGGCUUUCUUGGACGCGAUGGUGGACCUCUUGCCUGGUGGCUUCCAGGGAGGUCUGGUCAGCUUCAAUAAAAGGUGCACUGAUGUGCAAGAAGACGGAGAACGUGUCAAGGUUCACUUCGCGGACGGCACCUCUCAAACCUUCGAUGCUGUUAUUGGUUGCGACGGCGUCAAAUCGCGAGUGCGGAACAUUUUACAUGGGGAGCAGGAAAAGUAUGAACCACAAUUUACCGGCAAAUAUGCCUAUCGAGGACUCCUCCCAAUCGAGGAUGGCAUCAAUGCUCUAGGAGAGGACAUGGCAAUGGCCCAGGCUAUGAGCCUUGGCUAUGGAGGCCAUCUCGUCACGUUUCCAAUCGAGCAAGGCAAGACGCUCAAUGUCGUCGCCUUCCGAAGUGCCUCGGAGUGGAAGUAUGGCAGCAACUGGGUUGUUCCCGCCACCGUUGAAGACGCUCUCGAAGACUUCAAGGAGUGGAGCGAACCGGUGAAAAAGCUCCUGUCUAUGCUGAAAAAGCCAGAUAAAUGGGGGCUCUUUGAUCUCCCCCCUGCAAAAUCCUUUGUCAAAGACGGCAAAAUUUGUCUCUUGGGUGAUUCCGCCCAUGCUUCUACACCGCAUCUCGGCGCAGGGGCGGGUAUGGCUAUCGAGGAUGCUGCUGUUCUCAGUCGACUUCUUGGAGCAAUCAAAACGCCCGACGCAUAUCAACUCGUCAAGGUUUUUGCGGCAUACGAUGCAACCAGGAGAGAGCGUGAUCAACGGCUCGUGGCCGAAAGCAGGAAGGCCGGUAUGCUCUACGAGUUUGAAAGACCUGGGGUUGGGGAUGAUCUUGACCAAUUCCGACAUGUUUUGCGGCAUCAGUGGGACUGGGUUUGGAAUUUAGACAUGGAAGCUCAUUGUGAAGAUGCCAUUAAACUGAUGCACCAGCUAGAUAGGGGCAAUGCCUCCGUUUGA